CUCUUGUUUAAAAUCUCUAGAGCUUUUCGUUCUUCCUCCUCCUUCUUUCAAGUAUUGCACUUUAUCGCUAGUUUCGCAACCUUUCAAAAAUGAAGAAAUCUCCUACUCUAGAUUUGAGCGAAACUAAUAUUGCCGGUCUCGGAACCGAGCUCGAAAAGAAGGUCCGUCUUGAAGCAGCUCAAACGGAAAAGGCUUGGGAAGGCGCUGGCAAGAAGCCUGGCCUCAAAGUUUGGAGAAUUGAGCAAUUCAAAGUUGUCCCUUGGCCUGAGACUGAUUAUGGAAAAUUUCACACUGGUGAUUCGUACAUUGUGUUGAAUACCUACAAGCUCCCCAAUUCUGAUGCACUGCGGCACGACAUCCACUUUUGGUUAGGACUCGAAACCACCCAAGAUGAAGCCGGGACUGCUGCAUACAAGACCGUUGAGCUUGAUGAUUAUUUGGGAACAACGCCUGUCCAGCACCGCGAGAUCCAAGGCUUUGAAUCUCUGUUGUUUCUGUCCUACUUCAAGGUCUUCCAGAUUCUGGAAGGCGGCACAGAAACUGGUUUCCGCCAUGUCGAGACAAAUGCCCAAUCGUUCCAGCCUCGUCUGCUGCACAUCUACUCGAUUCCCCCCACCGUUCCUCGUCUUCCAAAGACCAGGCCUAUCCACACGCUGCUCGUUAAGCAGGUGCCGGUCUCAAUGAACAGCCUGAACUCUGGGGACGUCUUUGUUCUUGAUCUCGGCAAAGAGAUUCUUCAGUGGAAUGGCUCGAAGGCUAGUGGUGUAGAGAGGAACAAGGCUGCAGAGUAUGUGCGCAAAUUGGACGACGAGAGGAAGGAUGCCAAGGUGUCUGUCUUUGACGAGACCGAUGCUGAUGUCAACAUCUUCUACGGGCAUCUGGGUGGAAAGACUGGUCCGAUUGCGUCCGCUGCAGAAGGCGAGACGCGCACAUUGAGUAGCAUUUCAUCAUUUGAAAAGCUCCUCUUCAGGCUCUCUAAUGCGAGCGGACCACUCGAGUUUACUCAAGAAGCCAAAGGCAAUGUGAGCAAGAGCCAGCUGAAAUCAGAUGAUGUCUUUGUGUUUGAUUGUGGACCAGAGGUCUUUGUUUGGGUGGGCAAAGGAGCCGACAAGGAAGAACGUCGUCGCUCAAUGCAAUAUGCUCUGGAAUAUAUCAAAAAGUAUGAGCGUCCUGCGACGCUGCCCGUCACACGCCUCUUGGACGGAAGCGAAAACCAAGUGUUUUGGGAUGCCUUUGAUGCCUAGAGAGACUAUUACUCUUGCUAGAACCUAGGGUAUCAUAAAAUUUAUACCAUCGUCAGCGCCGAAUAUCACAUGGCGCUAAAUUACAAAGAAUUCAGUAAAAGCGUAGGUUAUAGCAACCAGAUUAGCAAUUAUAAAAGACAGAAAAGAUGGAAUAGGCACUCUAGUAUUGUUAAGUAACACAUUUACUUCUUAUUAUCCACGGUUUCUAUCAUGC